GUCGCGCGGCUCCAUUGUUAGACAGCGCCUGAACCUCUCGGAGGCGGGGCAGCCGGCGUGCCGGGGCGGAGUCGCAGGUGACUCCAUACCAAGAAGGAUGAGCUGUGGCCACUGGAGGGCAUCGGAUGGAGGACACAGAGGAGGCUGCCAAUGAUCCUGAGAAUGCUGCUGUUGCCAAGGGCAUACCUGCUUCCUUUUCCAAACCUGAUGAGUCUGGUUUUGAGGGAGUCAUCUCUUCCUCACCAAUUUUAGACCUGAGUCAAAGAGGCCUCUGCCAUUUAGGAGAGUUAUUUAAAGUUCCCACCCUUCAACAAUUACACCUGCAGAGGAAUUCGCUCAGUGAGAUUCCGAAGGAUUUCUUCCAGUUGCUGCCCAACCUGACAUGGCUGGACCUCCGUUACAACAAGAUCAGGGCCCUUCCAUCAGAGAUUGGCUCUCACAGACAUUUGAAAACUUUGCUUUUAGAAAGAAAUCCUAUCAAAACAUUACCCAUUGAGCUAGGGCAGGUCACUACACUGAAGGCACUGAACCUGAGACACUGCCCUCUGGAAUUCCCACCUCACCUGAUCGUGCAGAAAGGCUUGGUAGCCAUCCUGACCUUCCUACGGAUCUGCUCGGUGGAGAAUGCCUUCCCUGGAAAAGUCUCCGCCAUUAAGAUGGUCUUCAGUGACCUUCCGUACCCUGUGCUGCCUCAGCCCCAUAAAAGCACGUCCAGUGAGAAAGGCCUUAAUGUCCCAAGCCAUGAGGCAGCCGCAGUGAAGGAGAAGGCUGACUUCUUCCCGCCUAUGGACAGGCUAGACCUGAGUGAGCUCCGCAAAUCCAGCGCCUCCUCCGAGAACUGGCCCAGUGAGGAGGAGAUCAAGCGCUUCUGGAAGCUGAGGCAGGAGAUCGUGGAGAACGAGAAGGUGGAUGUUCUGGAGAAGAAGCUCUUGGCUGUUGAGCUGCCUCCAAAUCUCAAGGCAGCACUAAAUGCCAAGGAGAAAAGGCACCAGAAGCCAGUACCCACAGGCAGAAAGAAGUCCACCUCCUUCAAAGGAAUCUUGCCCAACCUCCCUUCAGUGUACCAAAACACAAUGCGUACGAAAAGGCUGGAUGACAGUCGUAUGCCGACUCUCCGGGAACUCCAAGAAAAGGAGACACUGCUGGAGCAGCGGAGGAGAGACAAGAGAACUUUGCAGGAGUGGAGAGAGCAGACCCAGCUGAUGAGGAGCAGGAGGGAGGUCAAUAAAUUCCAGCCACCACAUAGGAAUAUGAUGGCAUCAAAGAUCCCCUUUGCCACAGAUCUGAUAGACCAUGGGAAAACGCCAGUGAAUCCACUCGGGAAAAUGAAGGCCAGCAGAGAGAGGACAGUGCAGAGGAGUUUCAGCGCCUCACCGUUAGCAGACCUGGAGGAGAAGAUAAGGCGGCAUACACAGCAGAUCUGUGCUCGCAACUUUCUGGGUACCAACCCACUACAAGACAUGAAGAUAGCCAACCAGGACCUGGAAACUGCCAAGAAACUUCAAGAGGAAUUAAGGAAACUGAAGCUGGAGAUGACCUUGAACAAGGAACACCCAUUUGCAACUCUGUCUGGGAACCUUUCGCUUCACCCACCAGCAUCACAGCCUCAAAAUAUAUUUUUUAACACAAAAUACUAGGAAAGUGGUGUUGUCAGCAGGGAUGACAAGUACCUCCCACAGUGCAGAGCUGCAGGCCCCCAUGUGGU